AUGCAAAAAACGGGAGUAAAGUCAGAGCAAUUGGCUCAGCUGUUAAAAACAUCGGUGACAUGGAUGAUCAGGAGAGGAAAAUUGGAACGUCUGGUCACUUGGAAGUAUGCCAAAGUGUUUGAUUUGUACGAUGAGGCAACAAUCAAAGAUAUUAUCAGCAUGGCAUCAGUGGAUUUGUUGGAAAAUUUGCUGCAUUCAUCUUCGGACUGUGCAUCAGUAUCGAGUAAAUUUGCUUUGUAUUCUACUCUGGCGCAACAUGAAAGCGAAAAGAAAAGAAAAUUAUUGUCCACUGUUCUGGAAGAUGUUCUGAAAGUGACAGUUGGUGUUGCUAAAACUGAUAUAAUUGGAGCUAUUCGUUUUCUGCAGCAUAUUCUUCCGGUAAAUUUUAUCAAAAAAAAAAAAUCUUCCGCUUAA